GGCCCCGCAGGGGUUUACUAUAGCAUAAAUUCGUCAGAAAAAUCGAAAUUUUGGGCGCUUAGUACGAGCGUGACUUAGGGACGACGCCGGCGGUUAACUUCCUGCUAUGCCAGACUUUAUAGAUUAUUUGAGGAGCGAGGUGGUAACGAACUUUCCUAUCAGCAUUCCGGAAAUAACCUUUGAUCUCUUCAAGCAAGCAGUUCUCCCGAACGUGGGGGAGUCUUCCGUUGAAAAAGCACACCAAAAACUUCGAGAAUGGGGCAUCUUGAUCGAUGAAGGCUGGAAGGGGAUAAAUUUCGGUGCAGAUGAGCAGGAGCAGCAGCAAGAGGCGGAGGAGGAGGAAGAGGAGGAGCUGAAGGUAACGAUGGAGAUAGAGGUGGAGGAAAUUGAGGUACAAAAGGAGUCGCUUUUCUAUGCCCCUCUUUCGAGGGCCUAAACAGUAUCAUGGGGGCUGAUUCUGCCGUCAAAUUUUUGAAAAAUUCAGACACAAAUCUGCUUUCCGAAGGCGAUCACUCACACUAUAAAGCGCACAUCAACGGCCUUCUCACCAAAACCACAGCAGUUC